CUAUAAUUUACUGCUAAUGUCAGGUUGACAAAUUCGUGACACUUAACGGUGUUGUCGAAGUGCACAUGUAUAUUAAUGUUCAAGGAUACCACCCUUAGAUACCCCUUAGUUGUUUAAAUUUGCAUUGUUUUUGACAAUUUUUUUACAGCUUUGUGUUGGUAAUGAAAAAAUGAAAUUGAUGACGCACACGCAAAUCGAGCUGACCACCACUAUAUAAACACGCAGAAGUGAAAGAGAAGAUAAAACUAAGUUAGAGCAAACGAAGCAGUUUUAGCAGUUUUGUUUGUCUUUUACACAAACAUGCAGGCAAAAACCGAUUUAGUCAUUGGUAUCGAUCUGGGAACAACAAAUUCGUCUGCCGCCUAUUAUUUUAAAGAAAAAGUCAGAGUUGUAGAAAAUAAAGAAGGUGAUCGAAUUACCCCAUCUUGUGUGUAUUUUCGUGACCAAAAUACGGUAAUUGUUGGAAAAUAUGCCCGAAAAAUGGCUGAGCAAUCAAAUCAAAGUGAAGUUUUUGGAAUUAAGCGAUUUAUUGGAAAACAGUUUGAUGAUCCUGAUCUUCGAAACGAUUUAAGACACGUUCCAUUCACAAUUGAAUCAAUUGAGAACAAACCGAUAGUCACGAUUAAUCAUAAAAGUGGUGUUUGUAAAAAGACUCCUGAAGAAGUAAGUGCACUUGUUCUUCAGAAAGUUAAGACAGACGUCGAAUCGAAACUAGGAGAACGUGUAAAUAAAGCUGUAAUUACUGUUCCGGCUUACUUUAACGUAAGUCAACGUGAGGCUACUUUAGAAGCGGCACAAAAAGCUGGAUUUACUGUAUUAAAACUUCUAAAUGAACCUACAGCUGCUGCGUUCUGUUACUACGUGGACCAAAAUUGGGGUGAAGAAAGUUAUUCGUUGGUUUAUGAUUUAGGAGGUGGGACUUUCGACGUUGCCAUUCUUAAGAACUGUCGUCAAAAUAUUGAUAUUGUUGGAGUUGAUGGUGAUACACAUUUAGGGGGCCACGACUUCGACAAUUUGAUUAUAGAUUACGUUUGUGAUAUUUUAUUGAAAGAAUAUGAUUACAAUCCCAAGGAUGACAGAAGAAACAUGAGAAGAUUACGUAGCAUAUGUGAAGAGGCCAAACAAACAUUAUCAGAUCUGGAAGAGACUAUUAUAAUACUCCCGGCAUUUACAAAAAAACAUGAUAUUAUUAACAUUAACAUCACACGAGAACAGUUUGAAUCAAUGGCCCAAAUGUUGUUUCAAAGAACCAUAGACAUUGUCGAUAAGUGUUUAACAACUUGCAACAUUGCAAAGACAGAGAUAAAGGAAGUAAUCCUAUCAGGCGGUUCUACACGAAUUCCAGAAAUACAAAAUUUACUUUCGUCAUAUUUCGGUGGAAAAGAAUUAUGCAAGUUUACACAUCCUGGCGAAUGCGUAGCUGAAGGAGCGGCGAUUCAAGCAGCUAUUCUGUCCACCAAUCCAGAUCAAAAGAUAAAUACUAUUCAAAUAAAAGAUGUUAUUUCUUUGUCUCUUGGUAUAGAUGUUCAUUUCAAUUUAAUGUUUUUCAUUAUAAAGCGAAACAGAUCAAUUCCUAUAAAAAAGACAAAAAGUCUAAUAACUAUUUUCAAUCAACAAUCCGCAAUGUCUAUAAACAUAUACGAAGGAGAACGCACCGAUGUUAGAAAAAACCGUCACUUGGGCACUCUAAAAAUUACCAACUUAACACCAGCACCACCUGGACAAUGCGAAGUUCACGUGAUCAUGAGCGUCGAUCAAAAUGGCAUCCUUACAUUUAGAGCAAAAGAAAAAUUUCGAAAUAACGAAAAGGAUCUAAAAUUAUUAUACACACGAGGCGGCCGAAGUGAUAGUGAAGUAAAAAGCAUUUUACAAAAAGUUGAAGACCAAGCCGAAGAAGACGAACGAUUUGAAAAAUUUGCGAUGAAGAAAACAGUUCUUUUCAAUUACUGUGAAACAGUAAUAUACAAUCUAGAAAGCAAGAACUUAAGCUCGUCGUACAAAGAAGUUUAUGAUCUUUGUAAAGACACACAAAAUAAAUUAGAAUCACUGGAACUAGGAAGUGAAGACCAAGUAAAUCCACUCGUCGAAGCUGCUAAAUCAAAAUGCGAUUCACUUGUGCGGCAGUAUAAUUUUGAUUACAUGUUUGAUUUGUAAUUUUUAACAUAGCAGACAAAUGUAUGAUCAACGAACCAUAAUUUUUACGUUUGACAGAACAGAGAGAAUUUUAAGUUUUAGUAAUUAUCAACUGUAGUUUUUAGGGCGACUUUUCUUUGAUUUGUUAAAAAAUACUGGGAAAAUAAAAAAAUAAUUUUUCAUUUUCUAACAGAAA